AUGGACGAUCUACUUUCUCAGAUAAGAGGCACACAAGUGGAAGAUGUAGGCGAAUGUGAAGAUUCGAGUUUGAAUCAGGAAGAGGUAGAAAAUGCGGUUUGUAAUCCAUUUGAAGAGAAUAAAUGCACAGUUAAUCAAGAAGACAGUGAUUCUAACGAUAUCUUGUGCUCCUUAGAUAAUUUAUGCACAGGCAUAAGCGAUGAGCAGGAUCCUACAUCUUCACAAACACACUCUGCACUCCAGAUCAUCAAGCUUGACUUUGAAUUGCUAGAGCAGCUUAAAAUCGAGCAUAACAUCUCUACCGGCAUUCGCAGCAUAAAGAAUAGCAAGGCCCAGAAAAUUGAGUGUGAGUUUGCAGGCAUAAUCAAAAAGCUAGAUAAGUUUGGUAAGGAUGUUGUAUUCAUUGAAAUAACAGAUCAGGAUGGAUCCAUGUCCGGAUCUUGCACUCUUGCAGACUCUAAGGAGCUUGAGCUUAAGGUAGGAAGUAUCCUAGUGCUUGAAGGAUGUUCGCUGUGGAAAGUAAAUGGAAAUCACCUGAACAUAACAUCAUUAAAUAUAAAAAAGGUCAUUUGA